AUGAAUACUACAGAAACUACAGAAAUUCAAAGAAAACCCAUAAAUUUUGAUUACAAAACAAUAUGUCGUCUGCAAAAAGAGAAAAUGUGUGAUCAUUAUGCCAAAAAGGAGUUUAGUAUAGAAUACUGGAAAAAAAAUGGCGAAAAACUGGAAAAAACUUGUAUUUUAAAAGAUUUGUUCAAUUAUUUUCACGAUUUAAUGUUUGUAAAGCUCGAUGAAUUUGCUUGUAUAAACCAAAUUAAAGAAAAAAAUGGUGGUUGUAACACAAUUAAAGUGGGCAGUUUAUGGGAUGGUAAUAAAAUUGAAGAUAUAAUAUUUAGAGAAGUAUGUUACAAUAAUAAUAUCUUCAUACCUGUCUUUUUAAAUUAUACAAAUGACAGUGCAGAAAUUAUAUCAUAUAAAUUAUUUGUUGCUAAUUGCCAGAUAUUAUUGUUUGAUAAUGAUAUUCCUAAAUCAUUUAUUGAUGAAAUAUCAAAUAUUUUCUUAAAAAAAUAUGAAAGAAAAAUAUUAAUCUUAGCUUCAGAUCAGAUUUUUAGCUCAAGUGAAAUAAAUCAAAAAUUGGAUUUAAUUACUUAUACAAAGGGUGAAUCGAUGAAUAAUUCUCAGAACCUUUCUAUUUAUUCGGGAAAUCACUUAGAAAACUCUUUUGGAACAAAUAAAAUAAAAAAUGAUGUUCAAAACCUAGAGUAUAAAAAUAUAUCAAAUAAUCUUCGAAAUACCAUUAUUAAUCAGACCUCUAAGAGCACCGAAAAAGUUGAUUUAUAUAAAGAAGAAAAUAAAAAUAUUUCAAAUAAUCUAGAUCAAAAUCUAGAUAUAUUAAAAAAGACUGAUUCGAAAAUUAGAAAUAUAGUAUUUACAUCUGGUUCAACGGGAAAACCCAAAGGAGUAAAACUGACUUUUUCUAAUUAUUUGGCGAUGAUAGGUACCUUGAGUGUUUUAUGUAAUAAUAAUGACAAUAUAAAGUCUAUAUUUGUUAUUACAAACCCAUUACACCAUGUAAAUAGUACUUGCUUUACUGAAUAUUGUAUUCGUAAUUCAUCAAAACUGGUAUUAAUACAUAGAUAUUCAAAAAGUUAUUGGCAAAUAUUGAAUGAAACGAUCAAAAGUUCAAUAUAUUAUUAUGGUAAUAAUUUUAGCAUAUUUGUUCCUUUGGUUCCAAAACAUUUUGAAUACUUUUGUUCAAUGAUUGAAAAUAACUAUUUUGAGGACAGCCAUGAAUUGUUAAGUAACUUAUCCCACCCAUCAGUUUUUUUUUUUUUUGGUUCAUCAGCUGUAUCAAAUAAUUUAAUAAAUAAAUUCAAAAAAAUGUUGAAUGAAAAGGUUCCAAGAGUUAGAUUUGGAUCAACCGAAACGUGCUUACAAUUGUGUGGAGCUGAUUUAUUGAUGAAUAAUUCACUACUUAAAACUGCUUUUAAAAUAGAAAGUGAGUGCAUUAAUAAUGUUUAUUCUAAUUCUAUAAAAAAAAGUGGAUACUUCAUUGGUAGGUCCAUCCAACCUUUUGCGGAAAUUUUGGUCGUAAAAUCAAUAGAUUUCAAUUCGGAUAACUUUCUUGUCCCAACAAAUGAAUUUGAAAUUGGGCAUAUUAUUUGUCGUGGGAAAAUUGUAAUGAAUGGUUAUAUUAAUUACGAGAAUGUAUUAAUUACGAAAGAAAUAUUAAAAAGAAUGAAUAAGAACUUAAAUAAACAAAUACCUAAUAACAUGCUAUUUAUAUGUGAUCAUCAUCCUUGGUACAUCGGAUUGGGAGAUCAAGGAUAUUGGACCGCUGGGGAAAUUAAAGAUGUUUCAAAACCAUCAACUGUACAUAUAUUAGGAGAGGAAAGAGAAGUAAUUCACAUAAAUAAAGACUCCAAGACAAUUAUUAAAGAAAAGCUAAAUUCUUGCGCAUGCUGUCAAGAUAAUAUCUUAUUAGAUAACAUAUUUUUGUAUUGGUUAUCUCGUUCUUCCUCAAUAAUUAAAAUUGGAGGUGUAAAAUAUAGUUCUGAAGAAAUUAAUAACAGAAUUGUAAGUACCUUAAAGAAUUUAGACAAUUCAAUAUUUUCUGAAAACUUUUUUUCCACUGUUAUUGGUAUUAAAGACGAUAAAAUUUCAGAGGAUGAUAAAAUAGUAUUUAUUUACGAACCUUUCGAGGGGAGUAUGAAAUUAGAAGAGUUGAUAAAAAAUAAACUUAUUUGCUCCAAAAUACCAAAAUCAUAUAUUCCAUGCAAAAUUGUUGAGACAAAUAUCCCGAAAACGUUUAAAGGGUCCAUCGAUACUGAAAAACUAUUAGAGAAAAUUAAAUUUUAA